ACGAACCGAGUGAAGCAGCGGUGAGCACUGGCUGGCUGCAGUAAAGAGAUGUGAAUAUAAAUGUUUACUAUGCCACUAAAUCGUUAUCUGGACUGGCCAGGUGAUGAAUAGGCAGAGAUCCUCCUCUGCAGUCCGAGCCCAAUAACUCUGUAUGGGGGCUGACCACUUACUCAGAGUGCUUGAAUGAUUAACAUGGCACCCAUAAUGGAGGGCACACACACUGUGUUGCUCCUAUAUUCACCCAUCCGUGAGCUAAGCAACAUCAGCCUGUAUUUCCCCAAGAGGCGGGCCCCGAGUUUCAAGUACAAGAGCCGCGCCCCUCAUUCAGAAAGGGCCGGCAAUGAUCAUGACUGGGGAAAAGAGGAUCUCGCAGUGUCCGAACAAAGAGGCCAGUAUUCCGGCUCCUCAGGCGAACUCCUCAACUGCCAGCAGGCAACAAAGGAAGCAGUUGCAGAGCUCUGCUGGCUGGCGGCGGAGCACCACCAGUUGCUGGCGGAUCUCUUAUCGCUCUGUAGGGUUUGCGCCAACAAAGUCAGGAUGGGUAACCAGGAUGGAAAACUCCAGGAUUACAUGGAGGGUCAGGAAGUUCACCUUGGAGGUCAGGUUCUCAGCAGCAGCAACUAUUCACUUACUGUGCCUCCAGAGCCAAAGAGAGCUACAUCCAAGAGCAAAAAGCUGAAGAAGUUGGGAGGCAAGAAGCUUGACAGUGCUGAGGAUUUCCUGCACGGUAAGAUGAAGAGGAAAGUUACAAGUGGAUCUUCAUCUAUUGAGGGUCCUGAUCACAACAGUGUGUCCAUGUCUUCAUCCUCAGUAGUGAAGCAGAUCCCAGGUAUCCCGGAUUCUGUCCACGCGUCUGACAGCCCUUUCACCGGCUCUUAUGUCAGUGCAGUCAGUAAUCCCAUCCUGCCCAUGGAGGAACCAUUCCAGAGCGCUCGCGAGGGUUGGGACUUCAUGGACGACAACCAGACAUUUGACCCUGACAUUGAUUUCUGUAACGACUUCUCAGAGUAUGAUGGUGAGCUGGGUUAUGAGUCCUCAUUUUGCAGCCUGAUGGAGGGUCUGACCAGACGGGAAAGUGGCAGCAACCUUCGACCAAUUAAGAAGAUAGACUACUUGGCUGAGACAUUAUCCGAGAAUGCAUCAACAGUCAAGUCGGCUCAGCAGCUGUACAGGGAAAUCAAACAGAGUAACACAGGGGUGAGGGUGGUGGCCAAAGUCCAAGAUGUGGAAGGGAGAGUGCAACAUGUCAGCCAUACAAGCCCAGACGCGACAGGGCCAGCCGUGCUACAUCCGGGGACUAGCAGCUGCCAGCAGGAGCAUGGAAAGUGGAGAAGACCAAACAAAGACCACAUGCUGGGAGUCAGUAAAGAGAAGACAUGUAACAAGCUUUCUGAGGGGCUACGGUUGCCCCUAUGCCAUACCGCCGAACCUUAUCCCAAAUCCCACACAAAAAGCCCCACUUCCCCUUCUCUUGCUGACGUCUUCAACGCAUCUUUCCCUGCCUCCAACAGUCUCCAGAGCAUGUCCCCAGUCCUGUCCCCUCUGUCCUCCAAGCAUGCAAGCCCACAGCUCAACCACCGCAUUGUACUGCUCUCAGAUCAGGAUGUGGACCACGAACAAGACAACUCCAGUAACGCCGGUGAGCCCAAAAUCCUCACAGAGGUCAUGGACAAGAAUGGCAACAAGCGGACUGUCACUCAUCUGGAUCUGAACCUCAGCAGGCGGCCGAGCAACUCCAAGUGGAACUCCUCCAGCAACUCCACAACAACAGGUGAGAUGUUUGAACACAUGGAUUCAUGUUCAAACUCCCUGCCUACUGCUGUGUACUUGGCUGAGUGUGACCACAAAUUAAAAACUACCCAGCAGAGUUGUGCAAGGGGCAAGCAGGGCCUGAGAAUAGUUCCCCUGAUGAUCCAUUUUAACUCUCUCAGCGCCACUGGGAAGGCAGAGAUUAGUGGGAGUGUCCCAGAUCAAAGGCUCAAAGUUGACACAGGGUUCGACCUGACCAGGGUUCUCCUAAGCAACAUCAGCCUGUAUUUCCCCAAGAGGCGGGCCCCGAGUUUCAAGUACAAGAGCCGCGCCCCUCAUUCAGAAAGGGCCGGCAAUGAUCAUGACUGGGGAAAAGAGGAUCUCGCAGUGUCCGAACAAAGAGGCCAGUAUUCCGGCUCCUCAGGCGAACUCCUCAACUGCCAGCAGGCAACAAAGGAAGCAGUUGCAGAGCUCUGCUGGCUGGCGGCGGAGCACCACCAGUUGCUGGCGGAUCUCUUAUCGCUCUGUAGGGUUUGCGCCAACAAAGUCAGGAUGGGUAACCAGGAUGGAAAACUCCAGGAUUACAUGGAGGGUCAGGAAGUUCACCUUGGAGGUCAGGUUCUCAGCAGCAGCAACUAUUCACUUACUGUGCCUCCAGAGCCAAAGAGAGCUACAUCCAAGAGCAAAAAGCUGAAGAAGUUGGGAGGCAAGAAGCUUGACAGUGCUGAGGAUUUCCUGCACGGUAAGAUGAAGAGGAAAGUUACAAGUGGAUCUUCAUCUAUUGAGGGUCCUGAUCACAACAGUGUGUCCAUGUCUUCAUCCUCAGUAGUGAAGCAGAUCCCAGGUAUCCCGGAUUCUGUCCACGCGUCUGACAGCCCUUUCACCGGCUCUUAUGUCAGUGCAGUCAGUAAUCCCAUCCUGCCCAUGGAGGAACCGUUCCAGAGCGCUCGCGAGGGUUGGGACUUCAUGGACGACAACCAGACAUUUGACCCUGACAUUGAUUUCUGUAACGACUUCUCAGAGUAUGAUGGUGAGCUGGGUUAUGAGUCCUCAUUUUGCAGCCUGAUGGAGGGUCUGACCAGACGGGAAAGUGGCAGCAACCUUCGACCAAUUAAGAAGAUAGAUUACUUGGCUGAGACAUUAUCCGAGAAUGCAUCAACAGUCAAGUCGGCUCAGCAGCUGUACAGGGAAAUCAAACAGAGUAACACAGGGGUGAGGGUGGUGGCCAAAGUCCAAGAUGUGGAAGGGAGAGUGCAACAUGUCAGCCAUACAAGCCCAGACGCGACAGGGCCAGCCGUGCUACAUCCGGGGACUAGCAGCUGCCAGCAGGAGCAUGGAAAGUGGAGAAGACCAAACAAAGACCACAUGCUGGGAGUCAGGGCUACGGUUGCCCUAUGCCAUACCGCCGAACCUUAUCCCAAAUCCCACACAAAAAGCCCCACUUCCCCUUCUCUUGCUGACGUCUUCAACGCAUCUUUCCCUGCCUCCAACAGUCUCCAGAGCAUGUCCCCAGUCCUGUCCCCUCUGUCCUCCAAGCAUGCAAGCCCACAGCUCAACCACCGCAUUGUACUGCUCUCAGAUCAGGAUGUGGACCACGAACAAGACAACUCCAGUAACGCCGGUGAGCCCAAAAUCCUCACAGAGGUCAUGGACAAGAAUGGCAACAAGCGGACUGUCACUCAUCUGGAUCUGAACCUCAGCAGGCGGCCGAGCAACUCCAAGUGGAACUCCUCCAGCAACUCCACAACAACAGAGGAUUCCCUCAUGCGUCAGGAUGACAUUUGGAUGCUGGAUGGUGAUGAUCCACAGCCCCUUUCCUGCGUUCCACGCCCUGAUCACCUCGACUUCCUACGCAUCACACCGCCCGAGGAUGACAUCAUCGGGGACACACCCUACUGUCCCAAGCUGGAGUGCACGACGGAGGUCACGUCGCCUACAGACAGUGAGGACCGGACUCCAGGGCGUCUGCAGGCUGUGUGGCCCCCCCCCAAACCUAAAGAUGAGGAAGAAAAGGUGGGACUCAAAUACACCGAAGCAGAGCACCAGGCCGCCCUCUUGCAGCUGAAGAGAGAGUGCAAGGAAGAGGUGGAGAGGAUGCAUUCUGACUUUGAGCUGCAGAUCUUCCAGCUGCGAGGUGAGCAUGCUGUCUCAAUAUCACACCUGGAAGGAGUCAUUGCCAAGAUGCAAAGAGACAGGGCCUACAAUACACAUCAGGAGCGAGGUGAGGUCUGCGAUGCUGCUGUGUCCACUGCAGAUGACCCGAUUCCCAAGACCUGCCGCACCGUGGUUAUCCAGACAGACAGGGAGACCUUCAUCAAGAGCCCUGAAGGUGACGGCAGCGGGCUUGCUCAAAGCCCCAACCAGAAUGUGCCGAAAAAACUCAUCUUGGACUCUAUCGGACUAAAUCUAAAAGCUGAAACAGCCCCAGGUCCUCCUGGACCGCCGCCUCCUCCCCCUCUCCCACCAGGCCUCUCUGGACCACCACCACCACCACCACCACCUCCUCCUCCUCCUUUGCCAAACAACAUGGGAGCACCGCCACCACCCCCACAACCACCUCCUCUUCCUGGAGGUGGUCCACCGCCCCCACCACCACCGCCUCCCCCUCCUGGCCUACCUGGAGCUGGUCCACCUCCUCCUCCUCCCCCUCCUCCAGGCUGUGGCCCUCCCCCUCCUCCCCCUAUGGGGGGCUUUAGCCAGAAGGUGGAUAAGGCCCCACGGAAACCUGCCAUUGAGCCGGCCUGUCCCAUGAAGCCUCUAUACUGGACCAGGAUACAGAUACAGGACAAUAACAACAACACACUCUGGGGUUCUCUGGAGGAACCAAACCUCGUCAACGCCAAUGAGUUUGAGGACCUUUUCUCCAAAGCCACACUACAGCCGAAGAAAAAACCCCUGUCGGACACCUAUGAGAAGAAAGCCAAAACUAAGAAGAUCAUCAAGCUGCUGGAUGGGAAGCGUUCACAAGCAGUGGGCAUCCUCAUAUCGAGCCUGCAUCUGGAGAUGAAGGACAUUCAGCAAGCUGUUCUUACUGUGGACAACUCUGUGGUGGAUUUGGAGACCAUUGAGGCAUUAUAUGAAAAUAGGGCCACCAGUGAUGAAAUGGACAAGAUAAAGAGACAUUAUGAGAAUUCCAAAGAAGAUGAAGUCAAACUGCUGGACAAACCUGAACAGUUUCUCUAUGAGCUCUCCCAGAUUCCCGACUUCGAGGGUCGGGCCCACUGCAUCAUCUUCCAGUCGGUAUUCCUCGAUACCAUCUCCUCCAUCCGUCGCAAGGUGGAGAUCAUCUUGAAUGUCUGCAAAGAUCUGUUGGACUGUAGUCAUCUGCGGGAUAUAAUGGGACUUGUUCUGGCAUUUGGGAACUAUAUGAACGGAGGGAACAGGACAAGAGGUCAGGCUGAUGGAUUUGGACUGGAGAUCCUCCCCAAACUAAAGGACGUCAAGAGCAGGGACAAUCGUACGAAUCUGGUGGAUUAUGUUGUUUUAUACUACCUACGUAAUUUUGACAAGCAUGCCGGCACAGACAAGAGUGUGUUCCCUAUGCCGGAGCCUCAGGAUUUCUUCCAGGCUGCUCAGGUUAAGUUUGACGACCUCAGCAAGGACAUCAGGAAGCUGAAGAAAGAUCUGACUGCUUGUGAGAAGGACGUGCAGAAGGUGUGCGCCAACUCGUCGGAGGAAUACCUCCAGCCCUUCAAGGUGAAGAUGGAAGGAUUUAUAUCUGCUGCUCAAAAGGAGCAUGCUGCUGAAGAGGACCGACUCAGUGCAGCACAGAAAAGUUUCCAGGACAUGGUGAGCUACUUUGGGGUUAAGCCAAAGUCCGGGGAGAAAGACGUGACCCCGGGUUACAUAUUUAUGCUUUGGUACGAGUUUUGCAAUGAUUUCAAGAACACCUGGAUACGACAAAGCAAGAACAUCUCAAAGGAGAGAUUGAAGGAAGCGCAAGAAAACAUCAAGAAGAUCACAGCAGAGAAGAGAGUCGAAACCAAGAAGAUCAAUGCCAACAGUCUGAAAGAGAGGCUGCGGCAGAAGGAAGCCGGCGUGUCCUCCAGCUGAGUGGAAUGACACAGCAGAAGGAGAAAUGAGUGGUGGUGGUAAGAAGGUUGGAGAAGAUCACAGAUCAGAAAGUGUGCAGGCCUCAUAUCUCCUGUGUUUACCACCUGCCUCAACAACAGCCCCCUGUGCCCCGUAGGGACUCUCAGUAAAACCUCGCCGGACUCUUACUUACUCUCACUGCCGUAUCUCUGCCCUACUAACAGCGUUGGACACCCCCCUCCCUGCCCAUCCCCACCCUACACUCCACCACCCUCACGUCGAGCUUUUUCUGUCCGCCGUUCAGAUAGAAGCUAGGCCUGCAGCGAGGAUGCAUGGCUGACAUGGCAGCAGUGAUAAGGGUCUUAAAGGCUAAAGGUUGAUCUCAUUCAUCCACCGUGGCGUGACCUCUGAGUGCCCAGCUUGUGAAAGGUCUCAAGGGGUCAGUGGGAUUCACAACAGCGCCAGCUGACACAUCUGCGCGAGUGUUCCUUCUGGAUCUACAAGAGCUGAGAAACCAUUUCUUUCUGACCUGCAGAUGUUACACCAGACAGCAGAAUGAUAUUGCUCCUGUAUUGAGACAUUGUUGCUUUUAUAUGAACAGAUGCAGCUGCCUGGAGGUUUUUGCUCAAAGUAAAAUCCUUGUUGAUAAAACAGAUCUCUCUCUGGAGGCAGAAAAUUUUUUUAAAAAAAGCAGUUCCCAGUGUCCUUUUCUGUAGCGAAUAGCUUUUCAGUCACCAUGGCUCAUUAAAAGUCUUGUAAAUAUGUCGUGUUGUAGAAUCAAACUGGGGCCGUGGGGCUUUGAGUACGAUAAAUGAUCUGCGCUGGGCUUCAAGUCCGAUGAAGACAUGUUGCGUUUAAAUGUGUGUGUCAGUACAGCACCCUUCUGGUACAAAUCAGUACGUGUAUUGGGUAGCACUGCACCAGACUGACCUCUCCUGGGUGACAGCCAGAGAAGAGCUGAAUCCUGGCAGCGAGCCUCGGCCUAUGAGCCCCAGCCCCCUCUCUCACACACACACACACACACACACACACACACACACACACACACACUCUAACAUGUACUUAGAAACAUCAGAAGAACACAACCAGUUUUGGCCAUGCUCCCACUCUCACCCAAGAUAUUAAAUAUAAAUCAUGCAAACUCGUUACACUUGUAAAUCCCGGCACACUUUUAAGCACUUUACUGCUUGCAGAACUUGUAUGUGUCGUAGCUCGCUAUAAGCCACACUCCCCCUGUUAUGCUAAGUGCGUGCUUUUUUUUUUUUGGCACUUUUUUUGUACCUCUCUUCCUAUGCAAGGGUAUUGUUUCCAUGUUAUAAGAUUCAUGAAUUGUAUUGCUUGAUGAUUUUUUUUAUUUUUAAGAAAGUGUAUUAAGCUCAAUUUUCGCAAAUGUUAAGAUGUGACCACGUUCCUGUAGCGUUCUAGAAAAGUCUAUUUAUGUAAGGAAAGAUUUAUUUUAUGGCAAAAAAAAAACACAUCAGCUUUGCUCUUGUUGAGGCUGUAUUUUUAUUAGUUGUAACCGAGAAGCUGCCUGAUAGGUCAGUCAAAUGAAAGAUAUAUUUUCACAUGGAUAUUACAUGUAUGCUGUGCCCACUGAUUUACAGAAAAUGGGGUAAUUUGCUUAGAAUGAAGACCGUUACCUUUUCUGUUGCAAUUCUGGAGAGAUGAAGGGUGUUAUUUUGGGUAUUUAGAACAUUUAAGCAUAUCACCUGAAGCCAUGUGAGUUGUUAUACCUCAGAUAGACUUCCAUUAUCAGACUAUCCAUACAACUGCACCUUGAAUUACUCUUUUAUCCUCCAGUCUUUCACGUGUGCCAUUUAUUUUGUAUAAAAAUCUAGUUAUUUCAUAAUUUUAAACUGCUGUACUUUUGAGGGUUUGGAAAAACAAAAGAAAUGAUCUGAUACUGACCAAGGAACUGCUGUAGCCUCUACUGUAUGUAUGUCGGUUCUUGUAACCUUCAGUAGCUCUCGUGUAGGUGCUCUGUAAUUUUAUGGAAUUGUUUUAAAUUUCAAGAAUAAACUACUGGAUGCCGAACAAA